UAACUCGACCCAAAAGGACAUCCUUAAACCUGUAUUAUUCCACACCCCUCUAAAUAUGUAAUAUCGGCAUUGUCCUCAAAUCUUCAUCAAAGCAAAGGUAAUAAGCCAUGAGAAAGGAAAAAGGGGUCCCAAUCCCAAAGCCCAACCCAACGUGACCACAAGGCUACAACUAGCCUAACAAAGCCUAGACUUUGCUGAAGAAAAACAAAAUAAAAGUAGUAAUCUUUUUCCUAUCUUGCUAGCUUGUCAUUUCAUCAUGGCUUCUUCUCACUCCCAACUUUCUCUUUCAGUGCUUUGCCUUCACCCCAUCUUCUUCUUCUUCUACUUGUUUUUUACAUUAUUCUUAGCUUCUUUUCCACACCCAGUUGCUUCCCAAUGCAAGAACCAGCCCAUCAUCUUCAACUUUGGUGAUUCCAACUCAGACACUGGUGGACUUACUUCUGGACUUGGUUUUCCUGUCAAUCUUCCCAAUGGCCGUUCGUUUUUUCAUAGAUCAACUGGAAGACUGUCCGAUGGACGCCUCCUGAUUGACUUCUUGUGCCAAAGUUUGAAUGCAAGUUUUCUAAGCCCAUACCUAGACUCUUUGAGCGGGUCCAACUUCACAAAUGGUGCAAACUUUGCAGUGGUGGGCUCCUCUACCCUUCCCAAAUUUGUUCCUUUUUCCUUGUACAUCCAGGUCAUGCAGUUUCUUCACUUCAAGGCCCGCUCCCUGGAGCUUGUUAAUACUGGUUCAAGAAAUUUGAUUAAUGAUGAAGGAUUCCGGAAUGCACUUUACAUCAUUGAUAUCGGACAAAAUGACAUUGCUGACUCAUUUGCCAAAAAUUUGUCAUAUGUGCAAGUAACCAAAAGGGUUCCAUCCAUCAUUACAGAAAUAAACAAUGCUGUAAAGGCCUUAUAUAAUCAGGGGGGAAGGAAAUUCUGGAUACACAACACAGGACCAUUAGGUUGUCUUCCUCAGAAACUUUGGUUAGUUGAAAAGAAAGAUUUGGAUCCACAUGGGUGUCUUUUGAGCUAUAAUUCUGCAGCGCAAUUAUUCAAUGAAGCACUGCGCCAUUUAUGCAUACAGCUGAGGUCUGAGCUGGCUGGUGCUACAAUCGUGUACGUAGAUAUAUAUGCUGUCAAAUAUGAACUCAUUGCCAACUCCAAGAAAUAUGGUUUCUCAAGUCCAUUAAUGGCGUGUUGUGGGUCUGGAGGACCUCCAUACAAUUACAAUAUCAGAGUGACCUGUGGUCAGCCUGGCUACCAGGUUUGCAAUGAAGGAUCUCGAUUUGUUAGCUGGGAUGGGAUCCAUUACACUGAAGCAGCCAACACCAUUGUAGCCUCGAAAGUACUUUCCACAGCUUAUUCCACACCACGCACUACGUUUGAUUUCUUCUGCCAUGGUUGAUCAUUCAUACGUAUAGAUAACAUUGGCGCAAGUUAAAAGCAUCAUCAUCAUUUUGUUGAGGUGAAGUAUUAUGUCUGAAAACACUGUAACAGGUGCAAUGAGAGUGUGGCUGUCCUGUCUUUGGCUCCUUGAGAAAUGUCAAGUAGCUUGAUGGGUUCAUUUAGAUUUUGUAUGGUCUUUUUAAAUAAACUAUUUAUAAAAUCAUUCCUAAUAUUCUGAAAGAUAAGUUUCAUUUUGUAUACAUGUUUUAUUAGCGCUAGUAAUGGUAAUAAAUGGUAAUAAAA